AUGUGGCCAUUCACCAAGCAAGACACUAGCAAUUCUACAGCUUCUGAUUUGGCUCCAGACACCACCUUAUCCAGCACACAGCCCAUCAAUACACAGCCCACCAACACCCGCACACAACCCACUGCCACUCAAGCCACCUCUGCCCAGGAUGUACUCUCAAUUGACCCAACAACCCUCCAUCCAAUGGCAGACGUCGGCGAUAAACUCGAUUACCUCUUACUAGACGAUGAAAAGCUGUCCGAGUUGCCUGGCUCGGAGACGGCGCUGCCUUCUCGUGGCUGGUCAGAUGACCUCUGUUAUGGCGUUGGUACUACUUAUGUUUCUGGUCUCGGUCUUGGUGGUUUAUGGGGUCUGAGAGAGGGUAUGAAUAAGAAACUCGCUGCGCCUGUAACGAGGUUGAGGGUGAACGCAAUUCUCAACAGUUUGACCAAGCGUGGCUCAUUUAUUGCCAAUUCUGGUGGUAUCAUUGCUAUGGUUUACAACAUGACAAACUCCUCUCUCGACAGCAUAAGAGGUAAGCACGACGUGCUAAAUUCCAUGGGCGCUGGUGCAUUUUCGGGUGCUUUAUUCAAAUCCACGGUCUCCAGCCCGAGUGACGACGACGACAAGAAGACGAACAGCAGAAGCUCACAGGAUAGUUUGAAUGGCCGCACCCACGCACUCGAGAUCAUCCAGUCUCCACUACGCUCGGCAGCAUUUGGAUCUAGCUAUUACAGUCGAUUACCGCUGUCACCGGCGCUAGUAGUAAGAUUGGUGGUGAGGAAUGCAGAGGGUCAUGCUGUUGAUAUUCACGAGGAGUUGCCCUUCUACGUUUGUCACGCUUCGCUACUCUCAGAAGACGCAGAGUCCCACGUAGACGUCACGCAGCCCACAGAAGACGCAGAUAGCGUUCCUUUGAGAAUGUUGUAUGGUGCACUCGUCACUACCCCUUACCAGGCACGCGGUGAGGUGGUAUUCCCGUUCACAGACCUCGGCGUACGCGUCUGUGGCAUCUAUCGACUGAAAAUAUCCCUCUUCAGAUUGGCAAGGCCAGGCUCAGAGAUCAGCUCGAGCACUGCUUCCGAGACACUGUCGACUGCGAUAACUGAUACGUUCGAAAUUGUCGAGUUGUGCAAGUAUGAGGCUCCAGCCAUUACCAACUUGUCUUAUGAGCUGCAUGCAGCGGGUGUACCAAUACAAAUCCCAGACAAUCAGCAGACAAUCUAA